AUGGAACGAAGACGUUUACAACAGCAAAGAAUAAAACAAGAACAAAAACAGCGUUUUUGUGUAAGUCAACAAGAUUUAACAGAAGCUAUAGCUCGUAUGAAACCACAUCGACGUGCAACACAUGAUAAUUUAAUGAGUAUAUCAUCACCAUCAUCAUUAUCACCAUCACCAACACCAUUAUCAUCAUGUUCAAUUGAAACAUUAACUACUUCAGCCGUUUCUGAGUUAAUAAAAAAAUAUGAAGCACGCACGGCAUCAACGCCAUAUGUAAGCUCACAUGAUUUUUCACCGAUCGACAAUGUUAAUGUCACCAAUGAAGCAGAUUCUAAUUAUAACCAGCAAAUGUCCGUAAUUCGAACAAAAAGAAUCAAGGUUAAUAAGAACGACGACGACGACAAUAAUAUCUCUUUGUCAAUGACUUCUCUUAAUAACGAUAAUAAUCGAACACUUAUAGAAAAAAUACAUCAAGAUCAAUUCAUUGGAGAUAGAGAACAAGAAACAACAAAGAAAGAACAAAUACCUCACACAUUGGAUAACGAUCGCAAUAAACGAGAGCCACCACCAACAUCAUCAUCGCCGUCAUCAUAUUACAGUAUUGAAAGUAAUAAUAAUAAUAAUAAUAUCAUACCAAUGUUGGCACGUAAUAAAAGUAAUGAUUCAACUACAUCAAAACGACACAAUAAAUGUUUCAGUGAAAUACUUACAAAAGAAGCACAACUUAACAAUGCACUUGCAGAUUUAAUAUCAUUAUCAAAUGAUGCUGAUAUAUCUUCAUCAAUGUCAUCAUCAAGAUCAUUAACUAAUCUUUCUCAAUAUCAACGAACUCCAUCUAUUAAUGAAACUAACAAUAGUAUAUCAACUAGUAUUGCAUUAUUAAAUAAUUUACUUGAAGCAUUUGAUUUGGAUAAUGAAGAAUAUAAGAAUAAAAUCUCUAAACAAAAUUUAACGGAAGAUAAUAAUCAAAAGAAUGAUAAUAUUCAAUUAAAUAAUAAAUUUCGACUGAUGACGUCAGAUAAUAUAUGCGCGAAUUGUAAACAGACAUUUGCUACUAACGAACAAAUUGUUAAUGCAGCUGGACAAAUUUGGCAUACACAAUGUUUUGUAUGUGCUCAAUGUUUUCAACCAUUUGAAAAUGGACUUUAUUUUGAACAUGAUGGUCGAAAAUAUUGUGAAAGAGAUUUUCAAAUGUUAUUUGCACCUUGUUGUGCUGAAUGUAAACAUCCUAUUGUUGGUCGAGUUAUUCGAGCACUUCAAAAAUGUUUUCAUCCAGAUUGUUUUCAUUGUUAUCUAUGCCAUAUACCAUUACUUGAUAUAGGUUUCUCGAAAAAUAAUGGAAGAGCUUUAUGUCGAGAAUGUUAUACAAAAGAAAAACUAAAAGAUUCAAAUACAUCUGAACGUUUUUGUUCAACAUGCCAAAUUGAAUUAGAUGAGAAUGCACGAGAAAUACGUGGUUUAUUGUAUUGUCUAUCCUGUCAUAAUAAACUUGAUUUACCUGUAUGUGCGGCUUGUCGACGUUUAAUUGAUGAUCGGGUUGUUAGUGCGUUGGGAAAACAAUGGCAUGUCGAGCAUUUUUGUUGUGCUCGUUGUGCUCAACCAUUUCUUGGUAAUAAACAUUUUGAACAUAAAGGUUUAGCUUAUUGUGAAGCGGAUUAUCAUUUUCUAUUUGGUUCAGCAUGUUUUAUCUGUAAUCGAACUAUUACAAAUGGAGCAUAUACAGCAUGCAAUAAGAAAUAUUGUACUAAUCAUUUUACUUGCGCAACAUGUGAAACGAAAAUGAAUGAAAAAAGUAAAUUUUUCGAUGUUGAUGCAACACCUGUUUGUAAACCAUGUUACGGUAAACUACCAUCUGAUAUUCGAAAAUCACUUCAACAACAUCAAAAAAAGAAACCAUUAUCAUCAAUUUUAAAACAAACUAUUGUUUGA